AUGACCUUUAAAGCAGCAGGAGGACUUCGUACUACGACAUCCCCAAGCCAUCAUCUCCACCAUCGGAAUGGCCUGCGGUUCGAGCCGCCGACCCCCUUGGCCUUUGCUGCAUCUUCCAGUAUGACCAACCGUGACCCUGAGUUUCGACAUCAGCUGGGCAAGUUUCGUCUAGAUUCUUCCUUGUCCUCGCAUGUUUCCACUCCUCCACCUUCAGUACUACACCAUGAAACCUCCCCGCUCUCUCAGCCCCCUUCCUUGACGACUCCGACAUCAUUGCAGCCACCGCCGACCCCAUCCCAUACCUCCCACCAUCGCAGCAAACGGGUUUCAACUGCCUGUGACUUCUGUCGCAAGCGGAAAAAGAAAUGUGAUUUUCGCUAUCCGAACUGUUCCGCAUGUACUCGCGCCGGCGUACGAUGUACGAUCCCUCCGCCGGGUCCCCAAGUCGCCAGUGCCUCCGUCCCUCGAGAUCAGCUUGAGAAUCUUCAGAACCGCGUACGAUGGUUAGAAGACAUUCUGCGACGCAAGACGGGCCUCUCCGUCGCCGACAGGCCAACAGGGAGUGCGCUGGACGGGGAAGGAGAUCUGGACUGGUACCAGGUACCAACAGUGUUAAUGGGCCGGGACAACUCCCAUUCAACGACAUCCGCGACCGUUUCAGCAUCCAGCCCAACUGAGUCUCCCGCUGUCGGAGCAGAACUACCCAAUGUAGGCGAAAUAUUUCGAGACCAGCUAGAAAAUCGACGACCAUCAGUUGCGCGCCCGGUCGCGUCCGCCCCGCGCGUUCUUCGCUUGGCCUCCCUGGAGGAUGCUGAACGAGUGGCCUCGCAGUACUUCGACGGCAUUGGCUACCAAUACCCAUUCCUCCAUCGUCAUGAUUUCUUUGCGCAGUUACGACGCAUAUAUACCGGUGACGUGCCACCACCCGACGUGCUAUACACAUAUCACAUCACCAUCGCUAUCGCCAUGCUGAUCAGCAACGCCGAAGGCACACAAGCAAACGAGUACUACCGUGCGAGCCAGGAAACACUAUCUUUGUCGUUACAGAAUGAGGACCUGUCAGCGGUGCGAGCCUUGCUGAGCCUGGCACUAUGGACGAUGUUUUCCACGAACGGUCCGAGCGUGUGGCAUGUGCUAGGCAGCGCCCUCCGCCUGGCGACGAGUCUUGGUCUGCAUAAACCUCGGAAUGCGUCCAGUGUGGUGGAAGACGAAAUGUCUAAGCGAGCGUUCUGGAGUCUGUACAACCUUGAUCGACUUGUUGCCAGCACACUAGCCCGACCGUUGGGCAUCGCGGACGAAGAUAUCAGCGUGAACUUACCGCGUGAAUUCAACGAUGACUGGAGCGAAGCGCCGGGAGCCAGUGCCAUGACGAUCCCAGUGCAGGUGGUGCGACUGCGCCGGAUAUUCUCGCGGAUUUACCGUUACUGUAAGUUUGCCGAAAGGCACUAUGAUACCUCUGGACUAACCUUGGCAGUAUACAAUAACCAUCCUCCUCCUCCUCCCGCCGAAGUUUCCCUUACACUCCUUCACUUCCGCCAAGAGCUUGAUGACUGGCGUCGGAAUGCGCCCGUGUACCCUCCCGCCCUUCUGUAUUCCACCAGUUAUUACGAUUAUCUUUAUGCAACCACUCUCCUUCUCAUGCAUCGACCCAGCCCGCGAAAUCCGACACCGGAUGCGACUAGCAUUGUGAGCUGUGGCGAUGCCAGCAUUCAAGUGAUCCGAUCAUACUGGGACAGCUAUUCCGUCGGGAAGCUCAAAUGGAUCUGGCUGACUCUGAGCCAGAUCUACUUUGCAGGGAUCACCAUCCUGUGGUGUCUCAACCAGAAUUUCCUUUCUGUCCGGGAUGGCCAUCCAGCGGCCUGGCAACCGAACGACCAGAUGAUGCGACGGGCCAUUCAGGCAGUUGUCGUGGUGCUGGAGGAGUUUGGCAAGCGACGGCCGGGAGUAGAACGUCUGGCGGAGACGUUUCGCCAUCAUAGCACAGUCAUCUUCAGUCACUUAGCAUAUCAACAGGAGCAGAUCCACAGCCAACCUCAGCCUCAGCCACCGCUGCAACCACAGCUACAGCAACAGAACGUUCUGGUGGCACCCCCGGUGCCCAUGGCGGCUACCUUGGACGAUGUGCUCCUAGUGGAUGGGUCAGGAAAUGUGCCUUUGAUCGAUGCGCAGCUGGCCGACGAAUUGUUCUAUUCAUACGAUUGGUUUCAGGAAGAGAUGGCGACCUUUUAUACCCUGUGA